AUGUACAGAUCUAGUGAGACGUUAUUGAAUGCUCGGUUUUCCUCUGCAAUGUUCGGAUGGUUAUUGGGCCGGGUGCGGACUAUGGGCCUUGCAGUUCCGCCAGUGCAUAACUUCAAACCCAUAGCUUUAGGACUAUGUUUAUACUGGCGGAUUUAUGACGCCAUUGAUUGGCGGAGAACUAUUCCGGUAGAUAAGGAAAGAUCCACUAGUGUUCUGGAUCUGAACUCUGAAGCAGAGAUCCAGGAAGUUGUAAAGUCAACGCGAGUCAUCAUCAACGUAAUUGGACCAUACCCAACAACUUGUGGGCCAGAAGUAUUCGAAGUUUGUGCUGAAAAUGGCACUGACUACAUCGACUGCAGCGCGGAUAUGCCCUGGGUACAGAAUAUGAUCAAAGAACACGACAAUUCAGCUCAAAUUUCAGAUGCAAAAUGCCAGAUGAUUAUCACCUGUGGCUUAGACGCUGUGCCGGCUGAUCUAACAACGCAUCUUGCUGUGUCCCACAUACGCAAAACUUUCAACAUACAGACACGCGAAAUCAUCGUUUCACUACAGGAGAUGGAAGGUACCAUCGGUAGCGGCACUAUUGGCUCAAUGGCCUCUGUUUACACAUUAUACGAGCCGGGCCGCUACGCAGAGGCGACCGCGCCGUUCGCAAUCUCUCCUCGCAAACCUGCAAGCGUGAAGGCGAAGACCAGCCUUUUUCCAGGUUCCAGUUUCUUUGGAAUACAGAAUCCAGAUAUUCUCAGCCGUGUAGUGAAGAAUCUGGGGCAAGGGAAUGAGAGAGCUAUUGUGGGACGGAGCUGGGGCCUAUAUGCACCAGAUGAUCCUAACACGACCACAGACGGAUAUGGACCCAACUUUCACUUCUCCGUACGAAUUAGACUAUCCAGCACUGUGCACGAUUUCAUCCGCGUUCUACCCCUUAUCGGUCUCAGCUUGUUCUUAAGUUUCUCCUUCUCGCGACUUUUCCUCACUAGAUUUGUCUACCCAGAGGGCUACAGUUCAUCCCCCAAACAGCUCAAGGGCCACCGAUUCAGCCAUCGGACACUGGCAGUAGCUGAUACAGGUGAUGAGUCAACAUCAAAAAGAGUUUUAGUGGACUUCAAAUUCCAAGGCGACCAGUAUAAGUUUACUGGCAUCGCAAUGAUUGAGGCGGCAGUGACACUUCUUGAGGGUGGGACAGAGGCGCAUCGGAGAGGCGGCGGUGUUAUGACGCCAGCGAUGCUUGGAGAUAAUUAUGCCAAAAACCUACAGCGUCCAGAGUCAGGCGUGGAAAUUUUAAUUAGAGUAGAGGGCUGA